GCCUGGUGCGUCACAAACGGUCACCCAUAAGACCGGCAUAUCUAUUUCUGCCCUAGAUAUCUCUCCGCAACGAACACACGCAGUUAUUGGAGGGAAAGAGAUCCUGAAAACCAUCCGGGUCCUACCUGACCAUUCCUCCGAAGAAUACAACUUGCGCAAUGCGAUCAUUAGCUACUCCUCAACUCACCAUGUCGUCAGCGGUCUCUCCGCCCGCCACAAGGACCAGCUGACAGUAAAGGAUGUGAAGUGGUCACAUGGACUCUAUGACCAGAUCAUCGCCACCGCGGUGGCCAAUGGCCGCAUCGUCGUCUAUGAUCUGCACCGGACCGGCCUGGAGUUUUGUAGGUUUCAGGGACACAGCCGCCAGGUCCAUCGGUUGGCUUUCAAUCCACACCAUCCAGCAUGGCUUCUAUCCGGCAGUCAGGAUGCUACCAUCCGGAUGUGGGAUUUGCGAGCAGCCCCUACAGACCAUGGUGUUGCCAUAUGUGGGAGUAAGGAGCAGUACAACGGUAAUAGUGAUGCUGUCCGUGAUGUUAGGUGGUCUCCAAGUGAUGGAGUCAUGUUCGCAACGGCUACAGAUAGUGGUGCUGUCCAGUUGUGGGAUUGUCGCAAAACUAGUGCCCCUUUGAUGCGGAUAACUGCCCAUGAUAGACCUUGCUUUUCAGUAGAUUGGCAUCCGGAUGGGAAGCAUAUUGUUAGUGGUGGCACGGAUAGGCAAGUCAAAGUCUGGGAUUUUUCGUCUUCGGCAGAGCGCAGGCAAAAACCCGCAUUCCAGUUCCGAACGCCUCAAGCCGUUCUCAACGUUCGCUGGCGUCCACCCUCAUGGGCUAGGGAGUCAGAGGGAUCGGGUGAUUGGCAGUCAUCCCAAGUUGUAACUUCUUAUGACAAGGAAGAUCCACGAAUCCACUUGUGGGAUCUUCGGAGACCUCACAUCCCAUUUCGGGAGUUUGAUCGAUAUGACACCUCAGCCACUGAUUUACUUUGGCACUCGAAAGAUCUACUGUGGACAGUGGGUGAUGGCGGUGUUUUUACACAAACAGAUAUUCGCUAUGCUCCCCUAGUGAUCAAUCAACGACCAACAUGCUCUGUGGCGUGGAGUCCCAGUGGUGAGGUCAUUGCUUUCGCCCAAAAGCGCCCAAGAAGAAGCAUACCAGGUCUCGGCACCACAGAAUUUGUCGGACACUCUGGAGAAGAGAAUAGUAGUGGUGAGGCUUUCAGCCAAAGCCCCGGGGAGGACAUCAUUGAUGAACCCUCAUUUGCUUCCAUGCGAUCUCGACGUAGUAAGUCUAAUAGUGUUCGAACAUCCAAAUCCCUUGGGAGUACUCCCCCGGCAGCGACGGACCUCAUCCCAAUCCUACCUCUUGAUAAAGUUUUGUCCAAGAUUAAACCUCUUGAACAGCAACAAAUGGGAAUAGUGGGAAGCAUUGCUGGAACUACGAUGGAUCGGGAAACCUUUCAAUACCUUGCUCGUCACUAUUCUCCUCUCCUUCGUGGAAGGUUUAAUGGCAUGCAGGCGGAUCCUCUACGCCUGUUAUUGGAUUCGUUAAACCACAACGCAGCGAGUGCUGAAAAUAUCUCUUUACUGAAACUGGCCCAGACAUGGCGGAUUGUAAAGUAUGCCAUCAUCCAAGAGCUCCAACUCCGAGCAAGGGAGCUCUGUCAAUCACCGGAAAAAACCACUCGCAAUCUCAGAAAGAAGCCUUCUGAAGACGGCGCAGUGACCGAAAAACUGCGAAAUUUGGAAGACACGAGGCACGACAAAAUGAAAAGUCGCCUUUUCAAGGGAGUUAUGGAGUGUGAAGCGCCCAAACAUGCAUUGGCAGAUCCAGAGAGCGCAUCAAAUAUGACAACGCCGCUUGCUCGACCCCUACCAGAUUCUCCAACCGAAUCUUACGGCAGCUCCAAUUCUCAGAUGACAUCUUUAAAUAGCCUUGGUGAUAUUCAACCGCUCCCGCCAUCGCUUCUAAGUUCUAAUCGUGGUACUAUGACCUCAAACGACUGGUCUUCAAUGUCGGAUAUUGGGCCCCGCCCCGUCCAUCAAUUUCAGCACCGAGAAUCGAAUGAGAGCGAAGAAGGGGCGCGUGCGUUGUCUGAUAGCCCACCAUCAGAUCCACCUUGCGACUUGAAUCCGCCCGAGAUUGAAGAGGAACAAAGAUCGGCACCGCUAGCGAUUGCUGGUAGGGCAGAUUGGCAUGUCCGCAACCGCCUUCGUUUGACAAAGGAAACAUCAGAGGUUGAUGAAUUUGACCAAAAGAUGGAAGAUAAAAGAGCAGCGAUUCGAGAUUACAAGCACUUUCCUAAAAAGCUUCUAUCUCUGGAAUCACAUGCGGAGUCGAAACCUGGACUUCAUCGCCACGAAUCGUCUGAGAGUUUCCCAAUGUUUUCUGCAUCGACAGCCAGUUCGCAUCCUUCUAAAUCAGUGGGAACAUCGUUCUCGUCUGCAGCCAAACCAUACCAUGCGCUGGAGGAUGGUGAGGAAGGAAGUGAUCACGACAUUGUUGCAGCCAGGAAUGAUAACCUCAUCCGCACUCGGAGUGACUCGAUUCUUACCUCUGGUUCUAUAGCAGAAGAAGAAAUCCAGAGCGAUGAACUCUUCGGCGAAAAUAUAAACAAAAUGAAUCGCCGUCACCUUGAUAGACCAUCCAGUCCUCCGCCUUUAUUGAAAGAGUCUACUCCACUAAAGAUUCAAACCCAGGAGACUCCAGAAAGUACUUUUCAGCCUGGGGCAUCUAAUGGUUCAUCAGUCCCUGCAUUACCCGGAGUUGCUGAUGGACUUGUUAAUGUCUCGAUUCCCAUUCCUUCCGACCAGAGGGGUAAUAACCCUUGGAGCGCUGAAAUGCUCCUUAAAGAGGCAAUCCGACAUUAUCACACUAGUACCCAUGUUGACGUACAAUCCUCUGCACAUCUUCUCCAGAAACUACAUGUCCUGUUUGAAGACUGUGAGAACAUUUUUCCGAAUGAGGAGAGCGAAGCCAUCUUCCAAGUAUAUAAUGAACACCUUUUACGCCAAUCGAUGUACAUGGAAGCCGCUGAGCUUCGACUUCUUUGCGUUCCGUCCUAUCCGGCAGUCUACGAUUAUGCCCAGGCAGACACUUAUAUGAAUGUGUUCUGCUUUACAUGUAAACGGCCUUAUGAGAACCCCAAGAACGAUAAUACUCGCUGUUAUCGAUGCGAUACCCCACAAGACCCGUGCACCAUUUGUAUGAGUCUUCAGCCGCCACCAGAAUGGGUUGCAGAGCACUGCGUUUUGCGAGCUACCCAAUCCAACGACUCAGAUUCAGAGGAUACCUCCCUCCUCGUCUCCUCGUCUCGCUCCUCUAUUAAAACAGAACCCAUCCCCGCAUCCGAACUCCAGCACAUUGAAGGCAUGCACCCGGAAACCUUUCAACCUAGUCGACCAAAAGGGUCUACUUUAUGGUCCUGGUGCCAGGGAUGUGGCCACGGUGGACAUCUCGCGUGCAUAAGCACAUGGCUGAAGGACAUUGCUGUCAGCGAAGGCGGCUGUGCAACCCCAGGAUGUAUGCACGACUGUGGCCCUGGCCCUCGUCGUGAGCACAACCGCAACCUCCUCUUCGAAGAGUCGAAACGGCGUGAUUCUGCUAGCCGAAAAGCGGGUGUGGGCUUCGUUAAGCGUGACACUUGGACUAGGGGAGAGAGCAAGGCUGUCGAAAAAGUCCGAGGAAUGCUAGGUGUUGGCCCUGCAAUUGGAAGCGCCUCUACUACCACUACUGUCGGAAGUGGCGGACCUAGUGCGCCUUCCUCCAAUAUGAUGUCGUCGCCUAAAAAAGUGCGUCUUGUUACACCUAGUGAGCAGGGCAAACCAUCUAGACCAGGUUCUGCACGGACUAGCUUUGGUUGUGGGAGUGGAGUUAACACUUGAUUAUUUUCUUGACACACUUGUGGUGCUCUGUAAGGUAUAUAUAUAGCCGGCAGUCAUGAAGUAUUAUGUGGAUUUACAAACCAUAACAACCAUCACCAUAGCCAUCAC